AGCAACGAUAAUUUCUUGAGGGAUGCGAAGUUGAAAAAGAUGCGCGACUCGCAGUGUCACUAUCUGGGUCGCGUGCACGGUCAUUCGGGGAACAGCGCCCUCUCGACUUGUUACGGCUUGUUCGCAGAAACGCCACCCACGUAAGAACCAGGCCAACUCGUACACGAUGGAACUGUUGCUGGUACUCGACAAGACCGUUCUCGAUUAUCACAAGGAUUUCGACGUCGAGAAUUACGCGCUGACGCUGCUCAACAUGGCGGCAGCGUUGCUACACGACGUCAGUUUGGGACUGAUUAUGGAGUUGACCAUUGUCAGGAUUAUAAGAAUGCUCGUCCAAGAGAAUGAGAUGAGUUUAACUGUAACCAAAGACUCGAACGCUACCCUGAAAUAUUUCCAACAGUGGCAACGAAUGAUUAACCCUGGGGACGAUACACACCCGAAUCACCACGAUUGUGCCAUUCUGAUUACAAAGUACAGCUAGCGAUCGAAUUAAUGUUACGCGAGUCCCAACUUAACCUCGAACGAGGUUGAACCCUCCUCAUUCAUUUGGCCAGGAGUAACAUCUGCGAUUCACCUGGCGUGUGUGGUUUCACCGGCACCUCGAC